CGUCGUCGUCGUCGUCGUCGUCGUCGUCGUCGUCGUCGUCGUCGUCGUCGUCGUCGUCGUCGUCGUUCUCUCGCGAGCCUUGCAUCCGUCUUCGUCCGGCUCGCUUCUCCUCUUCCUCUUCGUACUAUCUCUCUUCUCUCUCUCUUACAAGCGAUUCGCUCCGUCCUCGUCGAGCUCACGCAGGAGACAGCGGCGUUUCCGUCGAGCGCACUGCUACCCCUCCCUCUCCGUUGGGAGCGCGGCCAGCGCGCUCUACUCCCACCACUAGGUCCCGACGCGCCGCUACCCUCCCCCUCUCUAUCGCCGCCUCAGGCGGCGACCGGUCAGGUGCAGCCGGCUCGCUCGCACGGCCGGCGCGUCGAUUCACUCGCUCUCUGUCCAGCGUCGAGCACGCAUCCCCCGCGAGUCUUCAUCGUCGUACGCGCUCGAGCACGGGCCGAGUCCGUCCUUGUUCGUCGCGUCGGCGAAUUUCGCGGCGUCCUUUCCUCAUCCUCCUCCUCUUUCCUCUUCCUCCUCCUCCACCUACUACUACUGUUACUACUGCUACUACUACUACUAUUACUACUACUACUACUCUACUACUACUACUACUACCUACCUACCACCAACACUGCGUUCCUCCUCCUCCUCGACCGCCUCCGCCACCUCCGAAUGCCGUGCGCCCUCAGCGCAACGGAGCGCCGAAUGCCAUUUCACUUUCGUUGGGCUUCGCCGCGUAGGAGAUCAGGCCCUGCCAGGAAUUAUCCUUCCGUUCUACGUGCUCGUAACCUCUUCGUACACGAUCACGCUCGGCUUUCUCGCGGUGUCGCCUGCAAUAACGCCGGCACCACCUCGUUUUCACCUUGUGAUUUCUCUUCCUUUCCUCCUCCUCCUCCUCCUCCUCCUCCUCCUCUUCCUCUUCCUCCUCCUCCACCUCCUCCUCCUCCUCCUCCUCCUCCACAUCCCUCCUCCGCCUCCUCCUACGCUGUCCCCCCCUCUCUAUCUUCUUCCUUCCUCUCUUCUUUCUCUUCCUAUACUUCCUCCUUUCUUCUUCUUCUUCCUCCUCUUCCACCUUUUCCUCCUCCUCUUUCUCCUCCUCCUCCUCCUCCUCCUCCUCCUCUUUCUCCUCCUCCUCCUCUUUCUCUUCCUCCUCCUCCUGCUCCUCCUCCUCCUCUUCCUUCUUCCUCUUCCUCCUCUUCCUCUUCUUCUUUCUUUGCACGUUUCUCCUCCUCUUCCGUCUCGGCGAGGGACCAUCCGCCUACGGAGUGCCGCAACCAGUCGCUUUUGAAAACGGCCGACCAGCUCAAAAUUAAGGGCCUCUGUGAGGUUCCUGAAAGCAAGGACGGACCACCAUCAGUGAGCUUGAGCUCACCACCAAGAGAACCUGGUACACCAAGAUUGAACUUUACCAGGUUGAAGAGACAUCAUCCAAGGUAUAAGAGAGCGAGAACAUCAUUCGAGCCUCGUGCCACUGAUUCAAGGCACUACGAUAGAUAUAAAGAGGAGGAAACUAGCGAGAGUUACGGUCGCAAUAAUAAAGAGAAUCACAGAGACUGGCAGGCCGAAGAUGAAGAGUGUACGGAGGUGGCAGCGGCAGCAGCAGCAGUAGUUCUGGAAAGCUGCCAGCGCAACAGUAACAACAGCAGCAACGGUAACGGUACAAACAACAACAACAAUAACGGGCUAGGUCAUUACGGUCAUCACCCAGAUCCUGGAGAGGUAGAUCUGCCUCCGGAAACACAGCCCACACCACCGAGCGCUACUUUGGUCGGUACCACUAUUACUCAUCUGCGAGACUCUGAUCAUCAUUCGACUGAGAUACAAAAUUGCGAUAGCGUGAAGAUCAAGUUCGAAACUCUGCACACGAUGGAUUCUUCGGACACGAUCGAUAUCGACAGUCACAUGUCGGAUAGAGCGAGCGUAAGCUCAAAAAAUGCAGCGGAUAGCGACAAUAUGAUGAUGAUCACGCCUGAACUUCUCGGACUUAUGCCUUCUGGCAGUUCGAUUCACUCGGACUCGGGUGAAAACAAUUCGAGAGGUCAUUCUGGACAAUCGAGUUCACAUCAUCAUGGUACCAAAUCUUGGACUCAGGACGACAUGGACGCCGCGUUGGAAGCUUUAAGGAAUCACGACAUGAGUCUUACGAAAGCAUCUGCUACAUUUGGUAUCCCAUCAACGACGCUCUGGCAAAGAGCUCAUCGUUUAGGCAUCGACACGCCAAAAAAGGACGGACCUACGAAAUCCUGGAGCGACGAGAGUUUAAAUAAUGCAUUAGAAGCAUUAAGAACAGGAACGAUCUCGGCUAACAAAGCGUCGAAAGCUUUUGGUAUACCUUCCAGUACUCUCUACAAAAUAGCAAGAAGAGAGGGUAUUAGAUUAGCUGCACCUUUUAACGCGAGCCCCACUACUUGGUCACCUGCCGAUUUGGAUCGUGCUUUAGAAGCAAUAAGAUCUGGUCAGACGUCUGUCCAGAGAGCCUCGACAGAAUUUGGUAUUCCCACGGGAACUCUCUAUGGUAGGUGUAAAAGAGAAGGGAUUGAACUUAGUAGAAGUAAUCCUACACCUUGGAGCGAAGAUGCUAUGACUGAAGCUCUCGAAGCUGUCAGGCUAGGUCAUAUGAGCAUCAAUCAAGCAGCUAUUCAUUACAACUUACCCUAUUCCUCGUUGUACGGACGUUUUAAAAGAGGCAAAUACGAAGAACCUGUAGUCGGUGACUUAUCACAGGACGGCACCAAUCCACAUUUUCAUCAAAGUCCAACGCAGAAUCACUCGUCCACGAUUCCCGAUCAAAUGUCUUAUCAGGGUAGCUGAAAUUUACCCUUGUAUUAGAUCGUUAAGUUAUAGUAAAUAGUUAACCUCGGUUAUCUAUAUCUAUAUAUGAAGGAAGUGACAAAGAGAAUGACAAAGAUAA